AUGGCCGGUGUCGCAAUGUACAAUAUCUUCGGCCGCCAGGUGGGCGCGCAUUGGCUCUCAAUGGCGACCCUUGGCUCAGCGGCCGCCCUCCCAUUCCUGUUCGGAGGCAAGAAGACGGAGCCUGGCUCGAAGAACACACCCCCGAUCAAUGCUUCAAGUAAAGCCGAGGAGGACUUCAUAUCAGAUUUCUUGAAGGAUUCGGAGAAGAAGUAA